AUGUCUUACACCACACGCAAGAUUGGCGCUGCCAACACGCUCGAGCACCGCAUCUUCAUCGAGAAGGACGGCCAGCUCGUCUCGCCAUGGCACGACAUUCCGCUCUACGCCAACGAGCAGCAAACCAUCCUCAACAUGGUUGUUGAGGUGCCCCGCUGGACCAACGCAAAGAUGGAGAUCUCCAAGGAGGAACAGCUCAACCCCAUCAAGCAGGACAUCAAGAAGGGCAAGCUCCGCUACGUGAGGAACUGCUUCCCCCACAAGGGCUACCUCUGGAACUACGGUGCCUUCCCCCAGACUUGGGAGGACCCCAACGUUGUUCACCAGGAGACCAAGGCCAAGGGUGACAACGACCCAUUGGAUGUCUGCGAGAUUGGUGAGCUUGUCGCCAAGCCUGGUGAGGUCAUCCAGGUCAAGGUUCUCGGUGUUAUGGCUCUGCUCGACGAGGGCGAGACUGACUGGAAGAUCAUGGUUAUCAACGUGAACGACCCAUUGGCCCCCAAGCUCAACGACGUCGAGGACGUUGAGCGCCACCUGCCCGGUCUUCUCCGUGCCACAAACGAGUGGUUCCGUAUCUACAAGAUCCCAGACGGCAAGCCCGAGAACCAGUUCGCCUUCUCCGGCGAGUGCAAGAACAAGAAGUACGCCAUGGACAUUGUCCGCGAGUGUGCUGAGGCUUGGGAGAAGCUUGCCACUGGCAAGACCCCCAAGGAUGAGAUCAGCCUCACCAACACCACUGUCUCGCACUCUCCCGAUUGCACCGACGCUAACUCGCUCAACGUCCCCCAGGGCGAGAACAAGGCGCCCGCUCCUAUCGACCCCAGCAUCGACAAGUGGUUCUACAUCUCCGGUGCCCCAUCCAACUAG